AUGGUUCCUGAGGAGGCUCGGGCGACGAGAGCAGAGAGCGACUGGAGCUGCGUCGAGGGGUACAUCACCUGGUACUACAGGGUGUCACACCCGUACAUGUUGCCCGCUGCACCUAGAGAUCCGCCCAGACCAGCCCACGAGGAGAUUCUGCAGACUCAUCAGGCUGAGAUGGACAACACUCACGAUCUCCUUCCUCGGUGUCGUGAGAUAGCUGACACGGGACUGGGAGCCAUUGCAGAUGGUCUAUUCCCUAAGGGGUCUGCGCAGAGGCGUGUGGUGGAUACUAUGAUUAGGCUGGCACUGGAGGCAUUUCUAUACCUUAGAAAACGUGCCAGGACUAAUGGGACACUUGACGCUAGAGGCAGAGCUAGGAGAGGCCGUGGUGGACGCAGAUGCGGAGGCCGUGGUGGAGAGCAUCAGGAUGAUGUCCGACACACAAAGUAG